AUGUUUGGGAAGGGCUUCCCUCUUCUGAAUUCCGCCGGAGGCUUCUAUCCUCGGGAGACACUUGACCCCCGAAGACCCGCCGGGUAUACCAGCAAAGUCCGAGUUCGAGACCGGUAUCAUAUUGUGGGGUUCAUCAGCAGCGGAACCUACGGCCGAGUAUACAAAGCGAUUGGCAAAAAUGGCCACAAAGGCGAGUUCGCGAUCAAGAAGUUCAAGCCCGACAAGGAAGGCGAGUCAAUCCAGUAUACGGGUUUGUCGCAGUCGGCUAUUCGAGAGAUGGCUCUUUGCACCGAGCUGUCGCAUGCGAAUGUCGUCCAGCUGGAGGAGAUCAUCUUAGAGGAUAAAUGCAUCUUCAUGGUGUUCGAGUAUACGGAACAUGACCUGCUUCAGAUUAUCCAUCACCACACACAGCCACAAAGGCACGCUAUACCCGCCAAAAUGGUCCGGUCCAUUUUAUUUCAAUUACUCAAUGGGUUAUUAUACUUACACACGAACUGGGUCUUGCACCGUGAUCUCAAACCAGCCAACAUCCUCGUCACCUCAAGUGGUGCCAUCCGUAUCGGUGAUUUGGGCCUGGCUCGUCUAUUCUACAAACCACUCAACUCACUGUUCACUGGAGAUAAAGUGGUUGUCACCAUCUGGUACCGAGCUCCAGAGCUUCUGUUGGGAAGCCGGCACUAUACCCCAGCUGUCGAUAUGUGGGCGGUAGGGUGCAUCUUUGCAGAGCUUCUCUCUCUCCGGCCCAUAUUUAAAGGGGAGGAAGCUAAGAUGGAUAGCAAAAAGACAGUCCCAUUCCAGCGCAACCAAAUGAUGAAGAUCGUCGAGAUUCUCGGACUUCCCCGCAAGGAGACCUGGCCAGGCCUCGUCUCCAUGCCGGAAUACACACAACUGCAGACUUUGGUCCUCCAUAGACAGCCUGCCCACUUCCACCGAGGCCCAAACCUUGAAGGGUGGUACCAGAGCUGUUUGAAGAAUGGUGGCUACUCUGCCACUUCGAGUGCUGGUACGCCCGGCGCUGACGGGUUUGAUCUACUAUCGCGUAUGCUGGAGUAUGAUCCGACAAAGCGGAUAACCGCCCAGGAAGCCCUGGAGCAUCCGUACUUUACAAACGGAGGUCCCAUUAGCGGGAACUGCUUCGAAGGCAUCGAGGGCAAGUACCCGCAUCGCCGAGUCACUCAGGAUGACAAUGAUAUGCGCACGGGCAGCUUGCCCGGCACUAAGCGCAGUGGUCUCCCAGACGACUCGUUGAUGAGGGCAUCGAAGCGACUCAAGGAAUGA